CGGUUCCGGGGAAGGGCCAAAUUUUCUUGGAUGAUCAGGGACUCUCCCGUCUAGGAUGGCUGUCUUGUCGCUUCUGUUGUUGGGUGGUUUGUGGAGCGCUGUGGCAGCGUCCGACAUGGCUGUCGUUACGUGCGGCUCCGUGGUGAAGCUACUCAAUACGCGCCAUAACGUCCGACUGCACUCUCACGACGUGCGCUAUGGGUCAGGUAGUGGGCAGCAGUCAGUGACAGGGGUAACCUCUGUGGAUGACAGCAACAGUUAUUGGAGGAUACGGGGGAAGACCGCCACAGUGUGUGAAAGGGGAACCCCCAUCAGAUGUGGCCAGCCCAUCCGGCUGACACACAUCAACACUGGUCGGAACCUCCACAGCCACCAUUUCACUUCACCUCUUUCUGGAAACCAGGAAGUGAGUGCCUUUGGCGAGGAAGGUGAAGGCGACUAUCUGGAUGACUGGACAGUGCUCUGUAAUGGACCUUACUGGGUGAGGGAAGGUGAAGUGAGAUUCAAACAUUCUUCCACCGAAGUUCUCCUGUCUGUCACAGGAGAACAGUAUGGUCGACCUAUAAGUGGACAAAAAGAGGUACAUGGUAUGGCCCAGCCAAGUCAGAACAACUACUGGAAGGCUAUGGAAGGCAUCUUCAUGAAGCCCAGUGAGUUGUUGAAGGCAGAAGUUCAUCAUGCAGAACUGUGACUAAAUCUUCUGAGCCACACAGUGUUUGUAGACAUCUGUUGCUGCUUUACCCUGGAUUCCCUGGUCCAGGUCCUCGGAGCAGUGGCUAGGCCCCCUCUGAGAUGCAGAGGCACAGUAGAAAGCAGUGGCUGCGUUUGGACCCGCAGCCCUUCACACUUGAAUUGGUCGCUCUCCCAGGUUUGGUCAGUUCUCAAGAGAGGACUUGUUUGUGAUACUUUUCGUUCGUACUGUUAAGAGAAAGCUGAGGAACUUCCCUCUUAGCUGGGAAAUUUUACUCCUUAGGCAUCAUGGAUUAUUAACUUGUCUGAUUUUCCCCUAUUUUUCUUUUUCCAAAAUGAUAAAUAAAAAAAUAAAGGGAAUUUUUGUUUGGUUAUUUAUUAGGGGGGCUAUUUCAGGAUCUGCCUACUAAAUCCUCAAGUCCUAAUGCUGUGGGAUAGUCUUUCUGUAUGUUGUGAAUAUGUGUUGCUAUGAUUGUUUGAUAAAUAAAGUUGCAUUGGCCUAUGGCAAGGCAGGAUAAGGUUAGGCAGUACAUUGAAAUUGAAGACUCGAGAAAGAAGGGUAGAGUCGAGGAGAUGCCAGCCUGCUACCCAAGGAGCAACAAGAUGCCAGCAGACCGGUAAUGCC